GAGAGAAAAUGGUCCACCCCGCUGGCCAAGCAGCUCCAUGAAGCCAUCUCCACCACCGGCUCCGUCCCCGUGGCCAGCUACAUGCGCAUGUGCCUGACCGGCGACCUGGGAGGCUACUACACCGGUGCCGUGGGCCAAGGCCGUGAUCAGUUCGGCACCAAGGGGGACUUUGUCACUUCGCCGGAAAUCUCCCAAAUCUUUGGAGAGCUGCUCGGCAUCUGGUUCAUCGCCGAGUGGAUCAGCCAGGGCAGGCCUAGCAAGGGCGUCCAGCUCAUCGAAGUUGGCCCCGGUCGAGGAACGCUCAUGGACGACAUGCUUCGGACUAUACAGCGCUUCCCGGCCAUGGCCAGCAGCAUUGAAAACGUCUUCAUGGUCGAAGCCAGCCGCGAGCUGCGCGAGACGCAAAAGAAGCUCCUGUGCGGCCCUGAUGCUCCCUCCACCGAGUCCAAUGCCGGAUGCCACAGCCCCAGCAAGUACGGCUCAAUUCCCAUCGUCUGGACCGAGACCAUCAAGUCUAUUCCCAUUGAGUCCGACAAGACCCCCUUUAUCGUGGCCCACGAAUUCUUCGACGCCCUCCCCAUCCACAUCUUCCAAUCCGCCCCGGCAACAACGUCAAAACCCUCUCCCUCUUCCCAACCAGACAUCACCACCACAACAACAACAACAACACAAACAGCAUCAUCCUCAACGCCCCCCAUGGAAUGGCGCGAAAUGAUGGUCUCCAUCGCGCCCCCCAACCCAACAACAACAACAACAACAACAUCCCACACCCCCAAAUCCCACCACAACAACAACGACGAUGAGCCCCCUCCCGAAUUCCAGCUCGUCCUCUCCUCCUCCACCACCCGCCACUCCCGCUACCUCCCCGAAUCCUCCCCCCGCUACCGCCGCCUCAGGGACACCUCCCCCAACGGCGCCCUCAUCGAAAUCUGCCCCGACGCCUCCCUCUACGCCGCCGACUUCGCCGCCCGCAUCGGCGGCUCCCCCGCCCACCCAAAGGCCCGCCCCUCCGGCGCCGCCCUCAUCCUCGACUACGGCACCGCCGACACCGUCCCCGUCAACUCCCUCCGCGGCAUCCGCCACCACCGCCUCGUCAGCCCCUUUUCCGCCCCCGGACUCGUCGACCUCAGCGCCGACGUCGACUUCCACGCCAUUGCCGAGGCCGCCACCCUCGCCAGCGACGGCGUCGAGGUUCAUGGGCCCGUCACCCAGGCCGACUUUCUCAUGCUCAUGGGCAUUCGCGAGCGUGCCGAGGCCUUGACCAAGGCUCCUGGCGUCACCCCCGCCAAGGCGACGGACAUUGAAAAGGCGUGGAAGCGUCUCGUCGAUCGUGGGCCCAAUGGUAUG